AUAUAAAUACCAGUCCGUAUGCCCAUAUAUCUUCAUCUUCAACACAAGAACCUACUCCAAGUUCAAAACAUAUCCUCCUUCUCAUUUCCUCUUUGAUCCCUUUUUGAUCAUAUCAUGGGUGUUUUCACUUAUGAAACCGAGUUCACCUCCACCAUCCCUCCUGCUAGGCUGUUCAAGGCCUUUGUCCUUGAUGGAGACAACCUCAUCCCAAAGAUCGCUCCUCAAGCCAUUAAACAAGUAAAGAUCCUUGAAGGAGAUGGAGGAGCUGGAACCAUGAAGAAGAUCACUUUUGGAGAAGGGAGUACCUUUAACUAUGUGAAGCACAGAGUUGAAUCGGUUGACCAAGACAACUUGUGCCACUCUUAUACUUUGAUUGAAGGAGAUGCUUUGACAGACAAGCUUGAGAAAAUCUCUUAUGAGACCAAGUUGGCGGCUUCCCCUGAUGGAGGCUCUAUCAUUAAGACUGUCAGCAGCUACUACACUAUUGGUGAUGCUGAAAUUAAGGAAGAGAAUGUUAAGGAAGGCAAAGAAAAGGCAUCUCAGCUCUUCAAGCUCUUUGAGAAAUACCUCAAUGACCACCCUGAUGCAUACAACAACUAAACAUGUUGAAUUUUAUGUUUUAUGUGUGUUUUGUCAAGUUUUUCUUGUAUCAUCUGAAGUGUGAUUUUUCAAGAUUUGUUUUCUGUUAAUUGUACUCUAUUUGGGGAAGAUCUAAUAAAAUUAAACCUGUAUGGCAGCUUUGAAUCA